AUGAGGCUAGUGAGAGACCAGGGCUGGGAGGAAGGUCCAUGCUCUCUUGCAGAGACAGUACCCAGUUCAGACCUCCACCUGCUGCAGCAAGGUGAUGGCUCACAGGAGCACGGCCUGCUGGCAGAGGAAGAUGGGCUCCAAGGCAGGAGAGACUUCUGGCUUUGUUCCCCCUAUCCUGGAAGCCACACAUACCUUACUGAAUUUCUGGAGAUCGGAGGUGUCUCGAUUCCCCUGGAAAUACUGGGGCUGAACCACCUGAAAGUAGAGGACAAAAGGGAGUCUGUAAAGCUGCUGCUGCUCGCCGCAGACACUGGGGUACCAGACCUCGCCAAGUUCUUGGCCUCUUCCAACAAAGCAGUGGGUCAAGACGACACGCAGAUUCUGCUGGACUCUUCAGGCUGUGGCAAUCCCAAGUACCAGAGCCAAGUCUACCUUGUAGCUGUGCUGCUGUGUACCUCCACGGGCCCAGCAUGGGCUCUGCCGAUGCUCAGGGUCGUGCAGCAUAUGGUGGGAGAGGUGCCCUGUGCCCUCGAGGAGCCCGUGCUGGGUGUGCUGCGCUCUGUGCACCUGGAGGUCCAGUAGGAAGGCAGGAUUUGUGUACCCACCCUGAGCGCUCUGGGGCAGGCCGUGGCUGGCCUGGGCAAGUGUGGCAAGGGCGAGCUCAGGAGGUCUCAGCCAUACAUCCCCAAACCCCGCUCCCGCCGGGCCGCGCCGCCUCAUUAGUAUUCCCUCAUUUGCAUACCCAGGGUGCGCCGCGCCCGGCACCGCAGCCCCGGUAAAGCCUUUCGGUGC